AUGGUUUCCUUGCGUCACUGCAAACAGCUGCGCUGCCUUGACUUGUCUCUGGUCAGCGAGGUUGUUGAUCUGCGGCUGUUGUUUCUAGCACUUCGACAAUCUCCUGAGCUCGAACAACUCUUUUUUCCUCGAUCGUCUUUAUUCUGCGAGCAGUACGAUAAUGUCUGGCCCCCAAAACUUUGGAGACUAGGACUUUCUGGAGGAAUCUCAGACGACUUCAUCCGAGAAACCCGAUUCGCUGAUACCAUCACACAUUUGUCGUUGCGACAUUGCCCCUUCAUCACUGUCAACUCAUUUCACUUUUUGUGCCAAUAUCUCGGCCCGAACCUGAAAUAUCUUGAGGUUGUUUACCCCAUGCCCGGCCUGCGACCAGAUGCGCUGGAUCAAGUUUUGCGACACUGUCCCAACCUUCGACAUCUUUCGGUGUCGGUAGACUAUCUCACAAAGCACAUAUUUGAUGACGGCAUGUUCAAAAGGGCCGAUGGCCAUUUCCAAAGCCAUCCUCUGGAGAUUCUGGACAUCGACUCGAGUGGCGGUUUAGGACAGGCUCAUAAACUGAGAGCAGAUGACAUUACUCUGGCCAUUUUGGAAGACAAGAUUCCCAAAUUGAGAGUGGUCAGAGUCUCCUCCAAGAUGAGCUGGGAUGCUAAGGAUGAGGCUGUUUCUGAGCUGGCCAGUAUUCUGGACGACACAGACGCAAAUGGUGGAGGCAUGUGGAUCAUCUAA